AUGUUAGGAAAGUCAUUAGUGGUUUCUUUUGGGGUUGUUGACGUCUCUCUCUGCCUCUCAUUUUCUUUCUUUCUCUUACUUUCUUUCUCUUUCUCUCUCUCUCUCUCUUUAUCUCCCUCGCUUUCUCUCACUUUCUUUCGUUCUCUCCCUCUCGAUUUCUUUCUUUCUCUCUCUUUUCCCACUUUCUUUCUCUCUCUCUCUCGUUAUCUCAUUUUCUUUCUUUCUCUCACUUUCUUUCUCUCACUUUCUUUCUCUUUCUCUCUCCCUCUUUCUUUCUCUCUCUUCAUCUCGCUCUCUCAUUCUCUUUCCUUUUCUCACUUUCUUUCUCUUUCUCUCCCCUCUUUCUCUCUCUCUCUAUCUACCUCUCUUUCUCUCAUUUUCUUUCUUUCUCUCACUUUCUUCUCUCACCCUCUUUCUUUCUCUCACCCUCUUUCUUUCUCUCUCUUCAUCUCUCUCUCAUUUUCUUUCUUUCUCUUACUUUCUUUCUCUUUCUCUCUCCCUCUUUCUUUCUCUCUCUUCAUCUCUCUCUCUUUCUGUCACUUUCUUUCGCUUUCUCCCUCUCGCUUUCUUUCUCUCCCUCGUUAUCUCAUUUUCUUUCUUUCUCUCACUUUCUUUCUUUCUCUCUCCCUCUUUCUCUCUCUCUUUAUCUCACUUUCUCUCUCUCUCUCGUUAUCUCUCGCUUUCUUUCUCUCUGUCUUUCUCUCUCUUGCCUAA